AUGUCAGAACUCCGCCAGCGACCAACAGCCACGUCAAAGUCCAGCAAUGGGCCGGACAAAGAGCCAAACCCCAGACAGCACACCAUCAACGAUGAAACCGACCAAGACCACGGCAUAAGCCUGCUGGACAUAAUCCGCGUGAUUGUGACACUACUCAUAGCUUGCGGCGGUCUCUCCUAUUACAUGACUUCCUCCGAGUCCGUGCUGUGGGGGUACAGACCAUGGUAUACACGUUGGCCGGUGGUGAAGCAGUGGGUGCAAGGUCCUGUUACCCUGACACCAAGCCAACUAUCCCUCUACAACGGCACAGACACCAGUCUCCCCCUCUACGUCGCCGUGAACGGGACCAUCUUCGACGUCUCGGCAAACCGCAUGAUCUACGGACCGGGCGGGAGCUACAACUUCUUCGCGGGGCGGGACGCAUCGCGCGCUUUUGUCACGGGCUGCUUUAAGGAGGAUCUUACGAACGACAUGCGCGGUGUCGAGAUUAUGUUCCUGCCUGUUGAGGAUAUCGAGGAUGAGGCUGUGACGUCUGCGCAGAAGAAAAUCCGUCGCGAGAAGGAAUUACGGGCUGCUAGAGCGCGGGUUGACGAGACUGUCAAGAGGUGGACUGGAUUCUUUGCGAAUCACGCAAAGUAUUUUGAGGCUGGGAGGGUGGUUGAGAAUGGAGGUGUUGAGGGAGAGCCGUGGCCGCUUUGUGAGAGUGCGCAGAAACAGCGACCGAAGAGAAGUGCGAUGGUGGAAAAGUCGUAG